AUGAGUGUAUUCGAGGUACUUGAAGAUCAUCUGAUAGACCAUGAGAUAAGUUGCGCUAUACGCUCGCGCGUGGGUUCGCUGAGGUGGGGCGGGGGGCGCGGGAUUGCACUAUUCGCGCGGUUUCUGGGUCGUCGAUCUUGGCUGACCCGCCGCUUAGAGCCCAUGCUUCAUAAGCUCCUCCGCUUGGACCGCUUAGCGGCUUACGACGGC